AUGCAAUUUUUCCACCCAAUUUAAACACCUCUCACAGGUCUCAAGAGGAAUACACGCGUUGUUUGGAGAAGGGACUCAUGGCUGACAGAGGAACUACGCCAAUGCUCAUCAUAGCUCUCACAUUGGUGAUACUUUUACACACAUUUGCACCAUGCUCUGGGGCAAGUGUUAAAAUUGGUGUCCCUGAAAACUACGAUGGUAUUUUCCCCUGGUAUCUAGCCAAGCUCCAUAGCCUGCCAGGUAAUUAUAGUGACCUGGUGGUAACAGGGGAUGAUGAGGGGAUAUUUGGAGUCGACGCUCAGUUUCUGUAUGCUCUAAAACCACUGGACAGAGAGAAACAGCCAUCUUACUCUCUGCAGGUGUCCUUCAGAACAUCAGUGCACCGCCAGAGCUUCACCGUCGAAGUGUGUGUUAUCGACAAGAACGACAAUGUGCCGACUUUCAUAGAGGAAAGCAUGAGGGGCAGCGUGCAGCUCGGACUUCUCAAAGGGAUCCCAUUCAUGCAGGUGGGGGCUCUGGAUCGGGAUGACCCCAACACUGCCCACGCUGAGCUGCGGUUCAGCCUCUUGGAACAGACACCCAGGAUUCCCUCCAGCCAAAUGUUCUUCAUCAACUCCAUCACCGGAGAGGUUUCCCUCACUGAAGAAGGAGCCUCUACUCUGGACCCAGAGAUGUGUGGCCGUUACAAACUCUCAGUGAUGGUGAAGGACAUGGCUGGGAAGGCAAACGCUUUCUUCACCACCAGCAUCGUUACUGUUGAGGUGACUGGGAACACCUGGGCAUCGCCCGACCCUGUGAGACUUCAGGAGAACCUCCCAGGCCCCUACCCCAUCCCCAUCUCACAGGUAAAAUGGAGUGGAAGUCAGGCAGAGUACAGUCUGGAGGGGGAGUUUCCAGAGAUGCUAUUCACCAUUAGCAGAGAAGGAGUCAUUUAUCUCAACGCCCCUCUGGACAGGGAGACGCAAGACCAGUUCCAGAUCAGCAUUGUGGUGGAGCGUCCAGAUGGCAGAGAGAUUGCCAAGCCUGUGGAGUUGAGGGUGAUGGUGGGUGACGCCAAUGACAACAGACCCACCUUUCCACAGGCACAGUACCACACUGUGGUCAAGGAACUGGCUGCUCGAGGGACAGAAAUCCUGACAGUGCAGGCAGCCGAUAACGACGAUCCCAAGACAGACAACGUGCGGAUCUUCUACCGUUUGGUCGGACAAAUUCCAGAGAGUCCUCGUGCCCUCUUCAGAGUGGACCGUGACUCAGGGGUCAUCUCCGUCCAAGCAGACAGUAUGGAGGGCACAGCACCUCAAUACACCCUCACCAUCACUGCUGAGGAUGCCAAAGGUCUAAACAGUUCCUGCACUGUGGUUGUGACUGUGCAGGAUGAGAACAACAACCCACCAGUCUUCUCCCAACAUGAGUAUGGGCCCUUUCACAUCCCAGAGAACUCUCCAGUGGGCACCACAGUAACAGCUGUGCUGGCAGGGGAUGCAGAUGUUCGAGGAGGAGACAGCUGGCAGGUGGACUACCUUUUAGAGUCUGGAAAUGAGGAGGAGGUCUUUACAUUAGUGACUGACAAGCAGACCAAUGAGGUCUCACUUGUCCUUUCAAAGGUCUUGGACUUUGAGCGUGAGAGUGAGUAUAUCCUUGUUCUCAGCGCUCAAAACCCAGUGGCUCUGGUCCGUGGCCGAUACGGACCUGCAUCCACGGCAACAGUCUCCAUCUAUGUUGAUGAUGUGAAUGAAGGUCCAAUCCUGUCUCAAAGCCAUUAUGAGGUGACUGUCAGAGAGGGCGAGGAACCAGGACGGGUUAUCGCCACCAUCCGAGGUUAUGACCCUGAUUCUCACCCAAUCAGAUAUUCUCUUCAAGGGGACACCAAGAAAUACUUUUCAAUAGGGAAGUACUCUGGUGAACUAAAGACUGUGCAGGCCCUUGACAGAGAGGAGAACAGCACAUACACCAUGGAGGUCAUUGCAAUGGAUGGGCGAAACUCUUCCUUAACUGCGUCCACGCUGGUGACCGUCCAUAUCCUGGAUGUGAAUGACAACAGUCCGGUUCUGGUCGGAGACUAUUCAUGGAAGUACCUGUGUACGCCUCGCUGGGAGGACCAAGCUCUGGUGCUGGCCUCACGGGACAGUGAUGGGCCACAGCAUGGCGGACGACUCAACUUCUCCCUGCGCAGUGAUGCCACAGUCCGACGUAACUGGAAGCUAACACCUAUUAAUGAUACUCACACCAACCUAUCCUUAAACAUCCCGUACCUGGCCCCUGAGGUCUACACUGUACCUUUCACCAUCUCUGACAGUAGCUCUCCUCCCAGGAGCACCUUCAUCAACUUGCCAGUGACAGUGUGUCCCUGCAAUGUCAGAGGGAAUUGCAAAAUGGCUGUCAAGCAGCUGCAGGGCAUGCCAACUAUUCAAUCUGCAGUGGGCAUUCUGCUUGGCACCUUUGCAGUCAUAGGAACCAUCCUCAUUGUUAUAUUUGUGAGACUCUCCUAUCAGAACCCCAAACAGCAGAGUAAAACUAACCAGGAGAGAGUUCCUCUGAAGAUUUAAUUAGGAUGCUACUGUAUUAUCUGCCAUGCCUACUGCCCUGGCCAAUGUAACAAUGUUGCUUUCAGGGCACUGAAUUCAUGAAAUGACCAUGAAUGUCUAAAAGUGAAUGUAUAUUGCAGUUACUGGAUCGAAGUUCAGAUUUACACUGACCUCACUGAAAAAUAACAAGAAUUUUGGCUUAGUCAAGAUGUGUAAUGUAUGUUAAGUGCUUAGGCCUGUGCGAUGUUGACUUAUGUUUGCUUAAGUUUGUCCUUUUUUAUUGCUACUGACCUAUUAAUUAGUUUCAAAAUGGUGCCUAUUUACUACAACAGAGUAUCAGGGCAACAAGUUAGGGAAACAAUCAGAGAUUUCGAAAAUAAAGUCAUAAUAUUACAAGAAAGAAGUUAUAUUUCAAGACUCAAGUUGUAAUUUUACCCCGCGACCAUGUACACAGGAUGAGUUUUUGUUUAGAAAGUGAAGUUUCAAGUCAUACCUUUAAAAAAGCUCAUUUAUUUCUUACACAUUUUUGACUUUUUAUUUUCAAAAUAUUGCGACUUUGUUUAAAAAAACACAACCUGUUUUUCCCUCUAACCUCGGCCCCCAUACUCUGUCGUAAUUUACCCUGCAUGUAGCCUAUUUAUCCGUCACAACACAUCUGGUCAUUGAACUAUGAUGUUAUCACCUUUAUUCCUAAUUAUGACAAAUUGCAUAUGUAUGUAAAACCAUACAUCAGAAGAAACAUGUCUGUAAAUGCUGAGAUGUCAUUUAAUCUAAUUUAACACAUCAACAGAAUUAAAACAUGUUGCAAGCA